GAUUCUCUCCUUCGUCCUAGGACUCAAUUCCUUCACUUCUUCAAUCUUCACUUUCACCACCAUCGAAGACGCUCCACCAAGCAGACACAGGAAGGUGCAGCUCAAUCAAGGAAGCCCCCAACAGCGACAAACAGGUCAAAGCACGCGAACGAACAGAUCCUCCUAAUCCAGCGCGUCGUCGUCCACUCAUCAACAACGCGCCCUCAUUUUCAGUACCCCUAGACAAUGUCGCUCUUUGGAUUUGGGACUGCCACCUCUACACCGGCUGCCCCUGCAAGCACCACGGCGCCUAGUCUCUUUGGUGCCACUGCGCCUACUACCUCCACAGCGGUAAACCCUUUCGGAGGCACCACAGCAAGCCCAUUUGGGUCCCUAGGGGCCACACCAGCAUCCUCAGCCGCAUCAAACCUUGCUGUAACUACUGCUUUACCAACUGCCGCUCCAACUGCCACCACUACCACGGCUUCGCUCUAUCCCACCCUUGCUGUCUCAACUUCUGCCGCGUCGACCUCAGCUACAGCUGCCCCCAGUCUUUUUGCAGCUGCGCCUGCGGCCCUCUCUACUGGAUCGCUCUUUAAUAAUGCCAGCUCGACUGCUGCCUCAAACGCACUCAGUACUGCUGCCCAAAAGAACACCCUCACCGCCUCUUCCUUGACAGCAACACCCGCAGCAGCUCUCACGCCUGAUACCAUUGCUGGAUCGACCAAAUACACUGAGCUGCCCGUGGAUGCGAAAAACAUGCUUGAUCAGUUUCAUUCGUUUCUCCAGGGUCAAAUCCACCUCUCUGCAACACUCACUGCACGACCAUCUGGGUCGCUUGACAAAAUCUCUAAGGACACAGAAGAGCUUUCAAAGAGAUUGGCAACACUGAAUGAUGCGCUGGAUCGUGACACAAAGGUGAUUCAGGCCUUGCAGGAUAAUGUUGGACAGGAGCUCAAGCAGGCCGACUCUGCUGGAAGGACUAUCGAGGCAUAUGCGGACACGUCGCGCGCCAACUUUUUAUAUGCCGGAGACAAUUCUGCAGGACAAUACUUUACAGACCGAUGCCAGUCAUUUGAGGAGCAACUGAGGCAGUUCCGGAGCACGAUUGAGGAAAUUGAGCGCCAUCUUGCAUCCUUUGGGGCCAAGCAUCCUCCUAUGGCUCAAGCGCUCCCCGAAGUAAUGAGAAACCAACAUGGGGCCUUUUUGACCGUGGCAGGAAGAGUCGCUACUCUGCACGACGAAAUCAGGGAUAAGGAAAAGGCGUAUCUUAUGUUCAGACGCAAAUACUAUGACGAUGACUCGGACCCAUUCCAGACAAGUAGCAAACAUCGGAAGAAGGACACCAGUCAAUACGUACAUUCACUUCGGAGCAGCGGAUGGACUGUGGACGGUCAAAAGUCAUUCAGAGAGAUUGCAAAGGAGACGCUUCGUCCUGGCAAUGCCAAUACCGCCAAACCAGCUGUCUCAACAACAGCAGUAGCACCAACAACCACAGGACUCUUUGGUGCCGCACCUGCAGCCGGUACCAACUUUUUCGGAAGCAUGCCUAGCACCACCGCCACCAUGACCAGUGCUGCACCUACAUUUUCGCUCACAGCGCCCGCAACCACCAUCCCGACCACGGGUUUGUUUGGUGCGCCUGCAACCAGCACGCCGGCCACUGGUCUUUUUGGUGCUCCCGCAGCCGCAUCCUUUGGCGGCUUCAAGAUCGGAAAAUAGAGCUCUACGUUGUUGCAAAGAACGCGCAUCUCAUGGAUUGUUCAAGAAAAUAAAGAAGGGCGUGGUGCAAUAGGUUUAAGUCUGGGGGUGUGGUUGAGUAGAUGUUUAUUUGAGGUUCCAUCAAUUGGCAACGGUGCUCUUAAAUAGUUGGUCUUGCUCUACACUCCCUUUUGCCAUAAAAUGCACUUUUCAUAGCAAAGACGCAU